AUGCCAGAUCCAGACCAGUUCUACGGGCAAGAAACACAGGAGACAUCCCCAUUGCUGCCUGUGGUUUCCCGCCAAUCAUCGUACCGUUCUGUUGUAAUUGAGCAACACUCCGUCUCCAAGAGCAGGAAGCUAGUCCAGAUAGCGUGCUCAAUCGCAUGGUGCCUUGUUGCUGCUGGGCCUGUUUUUGGCUUUGCAGCAUUGAAGCCGGUCUUAAUUGCUCAGGGUGUGUAUCACGAGCGAUGUGCACCUGACUCUGGCAAUGGUGUCUGUGUGGAGCAAGAUUUGAAGCUGAACUUUCUGUUCACACUUGCAGCUGUUGUUACGAAUGCUGCCGCCUUGCUCGUGGGCAAUAUUUUAGACCGCUAUGGACCUCGUGUAUGUGGAACCAUUGGGUCGAUCCUUAUAUUUGGAGCCUCGCUUCUUCUGAGAGCGGGAAGCGAUAUUUCGCUGUUUGAUGGUUAUCUCGUGGGCUACUCUGGAUUAGCUCUUGGAGGUCCUUUUGUGUUUAUUUCGUGCUUCCAUCUUGCCAAUUCUUUUCCUAAUAACUCUGGAUCAGUGUUGGCCCUUCUUACAGGUGCUUUUGACUCUUCCUCUGCUCUUUUUCUGGGUUACAGAAUGGCCUUUCAAAAGUUUCCAGAAUUGACUCUGAAACGGUUCUUCACAUACUACCUUGUGGUUCCAGUGUUCAUUUUUGUUUGUCAGAUGACAGUGAUGCCCAGAUACACAUACAAGACUGCGGCGGCUGAGGUGGUCAAGCCAGGCGAGAGCCUUGACCCUGACAAUGCUUAUCUCCAGGCACGUUCGGACGCGCAAUUGAGACGCAACUCCAUGAAGUCUGUAACUAGCGAGGUUGAGCAGAUUAGAAAUAUGGAUAAAAGUGGUGGGGUAUACGGAGUUUUGCACGGAGCCUCGGUUAAAAACCAGAUGUUGUCUUCGUGGUUUUUCUUGAUGGCUCUUUUUACAACAAUUCAGAUGAUCCGGAUUAAUUACUUUGUGGCUACUGUAAGGUCGCAGGAAGAGUUUUUGUUUGAUGCAGAAACUGCUGUCACCAUCAAUCGGUUCUUUGAUCUGGCAUUGCCUGUUGGAGGUAUCUUAUCCAUUCCAUUCAUUGGUCUUUUGCUGGAUAACUUCUCCACUCUGACAGUAGUCGAGAUUCUUCUAUCGAUAUCAAUGACCAUUGGAGUCUCAGGAAUCGUCCCUUUCAAACCUGUGGCAUAUCUGGGUAUCGCAUUACUGGUAUUAUACAGACCAUUCUACUAUACAGCCGUCUCUGACAUUUGUGCAAAGGUCUUCGGUUUUGAGACAUUUGGAACAGUAUAUGGAGCAAUUAUCUGCUUCUCAGGUCUUUGCAACUUGCUCCAGACUCUGUUGGACGGCUUAACCCAUACUGUCUUCCACAUGAACCCUAUCCCAGUCAAUGUAUUGCUAGUCUCACUAACGGGCAUAUUUGGAGGCUUAAUGGUGUGGUUUGUGAAGUCCGAAGGAACAAAGUCUUCAGUUUCGACUGCUGAAUAA